AGCUGCACUUUACUCGGUGAUUUAAAACGUGAAAGGAUGAAUACAAAUAUCUGAUAAACAGGCAACUUUUGUCAAGUAUUAAACUAGAGGCAUGAAUAAUAGAAGCAGCUACAUCAUUGCCUUCUUUGUUUUAACAUUAGGAAAUGAAGUCGAUGUUAACGCUCUUCUGGAAAAUGAAAGAAUAACAACGAAAAUAAACAGUGUAUUUGAUAAUGCAUUGGAAACAAUAAGUAAUAGUCACGUGUUGGAUGAUGUCAUUAAUAUGAACAUCACCAGAUGCAUCGAGGGAUUGAAGAACUUUAUAAAUUCAUUAAGAGACGACAAUAGUAACAGCGUGGGUGGUGGUAAUCCUUUAUUUCUAAAUUUCCUUUCACCUACGACUUCCUCUUUUUCUCUUUGUAAGUUUCUAAGUAUGGUCAAAAUCAUAAAUAAACUCUGUGUAACCGGUAACAAUACGAGUAUCCUCGAUUUUGUCAAUUGUACCGUAAUUGAAACAAGACCACCAAAACAAUUGAUUCUUAAAAUUGUUAAUAAAGAUAUAUCAGAUGUUUACGCGUGUAUUGAUGAAAGUUUGCAGAUAUCAGUUUUAAAUAUACUCGGCUGUGAAAAUUUAGGAAAUCUUUUGCCAUUUCUUCAGAACUGUUCUUCCCCUUCACCCGAUUUAUUUCUUUCGUCCACCUUUACUAAUUUCACUUUAUUCUUUGAAAAUGUGCAAAAAUGUUUACAAAUCAUACUGUAAAUCAAUUGUUUAAAACAAUAUCACGUAAAUUAAUACGAAUUGGUGCAAAUAAAAUAUAAUAA